AUUUUGAUAAUCUGUGGCUAAGAAUCCUUCUGCCCUAUUCUUUAUAUAGCGCAAAAGGAUAAACCUAUCUCAAUCUGUGGCUAAGAACCCAAGUAUAUUGCUUUUUUGUUCCACUUAGAAGUUUUUGAGGGCUAAUACAUUUUUCAAUGGCUGCACAUUUGGCAAGAAGGCUUGAAGGUAGGGUUGCAAUUAUAACUGGUGCUGCUAGUGGCAUCGGCGAAGCAGCUGCGAGACUUUUCUCAAAACAUAGAGCUAAAGUGGUGAUUGCAGAUAUCCAAGAUGAUUUGUCACAAAAAGUUUGCAAAGAAUUGGAUCCAUCAUCAACCACAUUUGUGCAUUGUGACGUUACUAAAGAAGAAGAACUAGAAAAUGCUGUGAACAUUGCUGUAUCCAAGUAUGGCAAGCUAGACAUCAUGUACAACAAUGCUGGUAUUAUGGGAGCAGUAAAAUCUAACAUUCUUGAUAAUGAAAAAUCCGAAUUCGAAAAAGUCAUCAGUAUUAACCUCGUAGGAACAUUUCUUGGGAUUAAACAAGCAGCCCGAGUCAUGAUCCCUCGUCGUCAAGGUAGCAUAAUUGUCACUGGUAGUGUUUGUUCAUCGAUAGGUGGUGUUUGUCCUCAUGCCUACACGAGUUCAAAGCAUGGAGUUUUAGGACUUACUAGGAAUGCUGCAGUUGAUUUAGGACGUUAUGGCAUUCGUGUGAAUUGUGUUUCACCAUACGUUGUUCUUACACAAAUGGCUUUUGAUUCUUUAAAGAAGAUGGGCAAAGAAGGUUCAGAUGUUUAUUCUACCUUAAAUGGUGCAAUACUCACUCCAAAUGAUGUGGCUGAAACAGCUGUUUUCCUCGCAAGUGAUGAGUCCAAGUGUGUGAGUGGCCAAGAUUUUGUUAUUGAUGGUGGAUUUACCAUUGAGAAUUCAGGUUUCUCACUUUUCAAGUAAUUUUACUUGAAUAAGUUACCUGUGGUUUAGUCUUUUGUUACUUCUUAUAUGGUUUUGUACAAUGUAAGGUUGCUAAUACAAUGUAAGCGAGACUUUUCUCAAGGCA